AUUGUGCCACAGAGACAGUGAGGUCGAACACCUGCAGCAGCUGUGAAUCCGCACUGACUGUGAUUCAUCAUGCUGUGGACGGCGGUUCUCUGUCUGUGUUUGUGUGUUCAGUCUCUGGCGGUCCCCGUUCCAGCGCACCGGGCAACUGAGCACAGCAAACUACUGCUCAUCUCCUUUGAUGGCUUCAGGUGGGACUACGACAGGGACGUGGACACGCCGCACCUGGACGCCAUGGCGAAGGACGGGGUCAAAGCCACGUACGUGACCCCUGCGUUCAUCACCAUCACCAGCCCGACACACUUCACCAUCCUGACAGGUAAACAUAUUGAGAAUCACGGUGUAAUUCACAACAUGUGGUUUAACACCAGCACCUGGGAGAAGAAGUCCUACUACAAAUCACAGUUUGUGAACGAUUGGUGGGACAACGGAAGUCUGCCCAUAUGGAUCACGGCUCAGAGACAGGGUCUCAAGGCCGGUUCACUCCACUUUCCUGGGACAGCAUCCACUUAUCAGGGUGAAAGUGCUGUUGUGAAAGAAGUGGAGCCUGAAAACUACAAUUACAGCAAUGAAACGGCCUGGCAAGAGAACAUAGACAAAGUGAUGGAGUCCUGGUUCAGAGAAAAGGACCUGGACUUUGUGUCCAUGUACUUCGGUGAGCCUGACAGCACCGGACACAAGUACGGACCAGACUCCCCCGAGCGCAGGGCAAUGGUCAGACAGGUGGACCGUACCGUCGGCUACCUGAGGAGUGCGGCCGAGCGAAAUGGCCUGAGCGAGCGGCUCAACAUCAUCAUCACGGCCGAUCACGGCAUGAGCACUGUCUACAGGAACGGGCUGGUGGAAGAGAUCAUCCUCUCCAAGAUUCCCGGCUUCUCUUUCCAAGAUCUGUCCUUCCAUAUUGUGGACUUUGGACCGGUGGGACUUCUGCUUCCCAAAGAAGGAAGAAUCGAUAAAGUGUACAACGCACUGAAAGGCGCUCAUCCGCAUCUACACGUCUAUAAGAAAGAGGAGAUUCCCACUCGCCUGCAUUUCUCCCAUAAUGACCGCAUAUUACCCAUCAUACUCUGGGCCGAUCCAGGAUACGUCAUUAAUGGGUAUUUCCCAGUGCAGUUCCAUAAGGGAGAGCACGGCUAUGAUAACCAGGCUCUGGACAUGAAGCCGUUCUUCAGGGCCGUGGGGCCGGACUUCCAGAAGAAUCUGGAGGUGGGGCCGUUUGAAACAGUCAACAUCUACCCGCUGAUGUGCCACCUGCUGGGAAUCACACCUGAACCCAACGACGGACACCUGGACGUCACACGACACAUGCUGACCUCCUCCAUACAGCCUGAGAAUGAGGGCUCUUCUGGUAAUGAUAUUCUCACCAAUGUUUUCACUGCCCUGGGAGCUGUUGCUGGUUUUCUGCUCAUCGUCUUUGUUGUUCUGUUAAGUCGUGGCAUUCACAGACGCAGGAGGAACAAAAGCAGUUCCACAGACGAGGGGAAGAUCGACACGUGUCACUCUGAAACAAAACAAACAUCAUUUUAGAACCAGGAAUCCAGAGGAAGAAACGCACAAAUAUAUAUGAGGACAUCCUUCCCACAGAUAUAAUCUACUGCAAGACAGAGAAAAACAUCUCAUUAGAUGAGAUAACUGCUUGUGUGUAGUGCUGUAGCUCUUGAUGAAUUUACAGUGGCAAGAAAAAG